GGGGGGGGCGGCGGGAGCGCCAGCACCAGACUCUCCGAGACGCGAAAGGGGACGACACAACUGCGGAAUUCACCCGCGGUACCAGGGCACUUCCGAGGCAACAAACGACUGGCACUUUUUCUCCCUUUGGCAAACUGGAUUUUUCUUUCUUUUUUUUUUUUUUAAGCUACUUGGCAGCUGUCUCUGACUCCACCUCCCACCCCCCAAAUGCCUUUUGCUUUUCUUCGGAAAUCUGUAAAGAAUUGAGCAUCUUUGUUAACUGCCUUUGGGGAGCCCAGGCAGCCGCUUUCGCAGGGCUAAUGUACCCUGCGCACGGAGCCUGGUUUGCUCACCUUUGAACUGCAAAGGGAUCAAGUUCAGCUCGAGUUCCCUGCAUUGGGACUGGGAGAGAAGAGAGAGAGAGAGAGACAGAGCGGGAGAGCGAGUGGGAGAAGGGGAAAGGGGAAAGGAUCGGAGGGAGGAGAGAGGGGGAGGAGAGGGAGGGAGGGAGGGGAGGGAUCGAGAGAAAGCGGAGAGAGAGAGGCUGCAAUCUCCUCCCUGAAUCGCGCACAGCGCUGCAGAUCCCACUGCUCCGACAUGCCGGCCGAAUGCAGGUGAGGAAAGGCACAGUCUGCGGCUGAGAACCCAAACUUGGGCACCGCGCAGUGCGCACGGCUCAGCCCUUGCCCUUACGGGCGAACGGUUGCUGCGGUUUCAGGCGGAGGCUUCGUGACUAAUGACCUUGCGCAGAGUUGUUAAGAAAAAAGAGAAACCGGAGCUCCCGGCGGUGAGAAAAGGCUGACUCUCAGGGCGUCUCGGAAGAUGGCUCAGACUGGUCUUCCGCGCGCAGGGGGUACCCGGCCGAGAACUGCGCUGUGACGCUAGUGGUCUCCUCUGCACGGUGCCCGAAGCGACCUGCCAGGGAUUUUUCAUUCUCGAUCUGUUGGCUGGCUCCCCCGCUGCCUAAGCAGAGUCAGAGUUGAGACUUGCUUGUUGCUGGCGUCGGUAGCUCGUGCGGAAAACGACUCACGUUUGCCUGGGGAGCUGAAGCCGGAGCAGAGGCUGGGGUUGGAGUGAGUGGCUGGAACGUGCAUUGGACUCAAAGACGAGAGGGGCUGGCUGGCCAGGGAGGCUGCAGACUAGCUCCUCACCGUCUCCCGGCUCCACUGCCCGUCUGCCGGGGUGGUUGCAGUCCCAUCCCACCGAGCCGGGACUGGAGCCCGGGAUCCUUCGCCCGCUGCGGGGAUGACUCUAGGAGGUCGCCCAGCCAGCUGCGCGCAGUGUCCCGUGAACUGUGAGUACUGCGACUGAACGGCGGCCAGCUAGAGAGCGAUUAGCACCCAUUGCAUGAAUUAUGAAACAAUAACUUUCGGAAGAAGCAGGAGAAAAAAAAAAGGAUCUAUCGCUUCUUCCCCGGGCCGACUAGCAGCACGCCGCACUUGCCCCCUCCCUCCCCUCUCUCUCGCGCCUUCCUUUCCCGGAGAGGGGAGAGGACUGGGGGGGAGGGCAGGCGGCGGGCCCCGGAGGAGAGGAACGCCAAGGGGGCUGUGGUUAGAAGGAGCAGUAGCAGCAGCAGCAGGAGAAGAUGCUGAGGAUGCGGACGGCGGGAUGGGCGCGCGGCUGGUGCCUGGGCUGCUGCCUCCUCCUGCGGCUCUCGUUCAGCCUGGCGGCCGCCAAGCAACUCCUCCGGUACCGGCUGGCUGAGGAGGGCCCCGCCGACGUCCGCAUCGGCAACGUUGCCUCAGACCUAGGCAUCGUGACGGGCUCGGGCGAGGUGACUUUCAGCCUCGAGUCGGGCUCCGAGUACCUGAAGAUCGACAACCUCACCGGCGAGCUGAGUACGAGCGAGCGGCGCAUCGACCGCGAGAAGCUGCCCCAGUGUCAGAUGAUCUUCGACGAGAAUGAGUGCUUCCUGGACUUCGAGGUGUCGGUGAUCGGGCCCUCGCAGAGCUGGGUGGACCUGUUCGAGGGCCGGGUCAUCGUGCUUGACAUCAACGACAACACGCCCACCUUCCCGUCGCCCGUGCUCACGCUCACGGUGGAGGAGAACCGACCGGUGGGCACGCUCUACCUGCUGCCCACCGCCACCGACCGUGACUUCGGCCGCAACGGCAUCGAGCGCUACGAGCUGCUCCAGGAGCCCGGGGGCGGCGGCGGCGAGGGCCGGCGCGCUGGGCCGGCCGACAGCGCCCCCUACCCCGGGGGCGGCGGGAACGGCGCGAGCGGCGGUGGCCAGGGAGGCUCCAAACGGCGGCUGGACGGGCCUGAGGGCGGCACCGGGGCGAGCCCCGGCGGCCGCAGCAGCGUGUUCGAGCUGCAGGUGGCCGAUACCCCGGACGGAGAGAAGCAGCCGCAGCUGAUCGUCAAGGGGGCGCUGGACCGCGAGCAGCGCGACUCCUACGAGCUGACCCUGAGGGUGCGCGACGGCGGCGACCCGCCGCGCUCUUCUCAGGCCAUCCUGAGGGUGCUCAUUACCGACGUGAACGACAACAGCCCCCGCUUCGAGAAGAGCGUGUACGAGGCUGACCUGGCGGAGAACAGCGCCCCGGGGACCCCCAUCCUGCAGCUGCGCGCCACAGACCUGGACGUGGGGGUCAACGGGCAGAUCGAGUACGUGUUCGGGGCGGCCACCGAGUCCGUGCGGCGGCUCUUGCGCCUGGACGAGACGUCCGGCUGGCUCAGCGUACUGCACCGCAUCGAUCGCGAGGAGGUGAACCAGUUGCGCUUUACCGUUAUGGCCCGCGACCGCGGACAGCCCCCCAAGACCGACAAGGCCACCGUGGUCCUCAACAUCAAGGACGAGAAUGACAAUGUGCCGUCCAUUGAAAUUCGCAAGAUCGGACGCAUCCCACUCAAGGACGGGGUGGCUAACGUGGCGGAGGACGUCCUGGUCGACACGCCUAUUGCCCUGGUGCAGGUGUCCGACCGAGACCAAGGCGAGAACGGGGUAGUCACCUGCACCGUGGUGGGCGACGUGCCCUUCCAGCUGAAGCCGGCCAGCGACACAGAGGGCGACCAGAACAAGAAAAAGUACUUCCUGCACACCUCCGCUCCUCUGGACUAUGAGACCACCCCGGAGUUCAACGUGGUCAUAGUGGCUGUCGACUCGGGCAGUCCCAGCCUCUCCAGCAACAACUCUCUGGUGGUCAAGGUGGGAGACACCAACGACAACCCGCCCGUCUUCGAGCAUUCCGUGGUGGAGGUUUACUUCUUUGAGAACAACAUUCCGGGCGAUAGGGUGGCCACGGUGAAGGCUGCAGACGCAGAUAGCGGGAAGAACGCGGAAGUUGCCUACUCUCUGGACUCCUCCGUCAUGGGGAUCUUUGCCAUCGAUCCCAAUUCUGGGGACAUCCUUGUAAAUACAGUGCUGGACCGCGAGCAGACUGACAGGUAUGAGUUUAAAGUUAACGCCCAAGACAAAGGUAUCCCGGUGCUCCAAGGCAGCACCACAGUGAUUGUGCAGGUGGCUGACAGGAAUGACAAUGAUCCUAAGUUUAUGCAGGACGUCUUUACCUUUUAUGUGAAAGAAAACUUGCAGCCCAACAGCCCGGUGGGAAUGGUCACCGUGAUGGAUGCUGACAAAGGGAAAAAUUCAGAGAUGAGACUGUACAUAGAGGAAAACAGUAGCAUUUUUUCUAUUGAAAACGACACAGGGACCAUUUACUCCACAAUGUCUUUUGACCGGGAACAUCAGACCACCUACACUUUCAGAGUCAAAGCUGUGGACGGGGGAGAUCCUCCCAGAUCCGCCACAGCCACAGUCUCUCUCUUUGUAAUGGAUGAGAAUGACAAUGCUCCCACAGUUACCCUCCCCAGAAACAUUUCCUACACUUUACUGCCGCCUUCAAGUAACGUCAGGACAGUAGUAGCUACAGUGUUGGCAACAGACAGUGACGAUGGCAUCAAUGCAGACCUUAACUACAGCAUUGUGGGAGGGAAUCCCUUCAAGCUGUUUGAAAUUGAUUCCACCAGUGGUGUGGUUUCCUUAGUGGGGAAACUCACCCAAAAGCAUUACGGCUUACACAGGUUAGUGGUGCAAGUGAAUGACAGUGGGCAGCCUUCCCAGUCCACCACCGCCCUGGUGCACGUGUUUGUCAAUGAAAGUGUUUCUAAUGCAACUGUGAUUGACUCCCAGAUAGCCAGAAGUUUGCACACCCCACUCACCCAGGAUAUAGCUGGUGACCCAAGCUAUGAAAUUAGCAAACAGAGACUCAGUAUUGUCAUCGGGGUGGUUGCUGGAAUUAUGACAGUAAUUCUGAUCAUCUUAAUUGUAGUGAUGGCAAGGUACUGCAGGUCCAAGAAUAAAAACGGCUAUGAAGCUGGCAAAAAAGACCACGAAGACUUUUUUACACCCCAACAGCAUGAUAAAUCGAAAAAGCCUAAAAAGGACAAGAAAAAUAAAAAAUCUAAGCAGCCGCUCUACAGCAGCAUUGUCACUGUAGAAGCUUCUAAACCAAAUGGACAGAGGUAUGAUAGUGUCAAUGAGAAGCUGUCAGACAGCCCUAGCAUGGGGCGAUACCGAUCUGUUAAUGGUGGGCCUGGCAGCCCUGACCUGGCAAGGCAUUACAAAUCUAGUUCCCCAUUGCCUACUGUCCAGCUUCAUCCCCAGUCGCCAACUGCAGGAAAAAAACACCAGGCCGUACAAGAUCUACCACCGGCCAACACAUUUGUGGGAGCAGGAGACAACAUUUCAAUUGGAUCAGAUCACUGCUCUGAGUACAGCUGUCAAACCAAUAACAAGUACAGCAAACAGCCAUUUCGUAGAGUGACGUUUUCUGUUGUGAGUCAGCCCCAGGACCCACAUCAGGGGUCACUGCAGAGUUGCUAUGACAGCGGGCUGGAGGAGUCAGAAACACCAAGCAGUAAGAGUUCAUCAGGGCCAAGACUGGGUGCCCUUCCACUCCCAGAGGACAACUAUGAAAGGACCACGCCGGAUGGCAGUGUUGGUGAGGCAGAGCAUAUGGAAAAUGAUUCAAGGCCUCUUCCAGAUGUAGCCCUGACUGGGAAGUGUACCCGUGAGUGUGAUGAAUAUGGCCACUCAGACUCCUGCUGGAUGCCUGUCCGCACUUCUCCAGAGAGGAAGAAGAGCCAGCCCAAACUCUCCACUUUCAUGCCUGUUGAUGAACGAGGAAGUCAGGAAAAGCUGGCCAAUGGCGAGGCCGCUGUGAUGGGUGACCGCAACAGAAACCUCCUGAACAAAAAGUUGACCUCAUCCUAUGAGACCUUCAGUGCAGCUAGUUUCAGCAAAAAUGAGGAAGCCAACCCUGAGGAUAUUCCCCUUACAAAAACAGGGGAAUACAAGCCAUCUCCUGUCAAUACGCUCACUAGAAGAGAAGUUUACCUGUAGGCUAUCAAGGAGCAACAGCAAAAUUCUUUUCAUGUAUGAGAAGGAGAAUAAAGGGGGUGGGGGGGAACCUUACAAAGCAAAACCGUUCAAUCAAAAAGAGGGGGCUACCAAAGAGACAAAGCUUUGCCUGCCACUUCUGCCUCCAGAUCAGGCCUUUAGUGAUACUGUUAGCCUGAUUAUAAUGUACAAUGUAGAAACCAUCCUUGUUACUUGCAUGUCUAAACCCCUCAAUGAAUCCCAACACUCACUCUCCCUUUAACCUCCCCCCUCAAAAAAACAAAAACAAAAAAAAAAGAUGGUUGCAAGUUUCUUUCAUGGUAACAAGCCUGAUUAGCAGAACACAACACACUUUCAUUAUCCUUAAGCUGAAGCAUGAUUUUAGUCACUUUGAUUUUGUUCGAUUGUCAUCCGGCUGUUCAAAAAUAACAGGUCAAGGAAAAUAUAUUUCAGACUACCAUCAGAACAUGGUUUAUCUCCAUCAAAGGCAAUCCUUCGAAAAUGAGAGAGACCGUCUAAAAGGACAGCCCUUAUAAAGGUGGACUCCAUUAAGAAGCACUUUGAGAAGAUCACAGCUUUACUAUUCUAACUAAGAGAGAUCAAAAUAAUACACAGUCGGAGAUUGCAUUUCCAAAUUGGCAUAUGUUAUUUUCAAGGCAGGAGAAUCAACUUCAAUUUCAUACAUUCUCUCGAUAAUCUCAAUGUGCACACAACUUUUUUCACAUGUAUCAAUUAAACUACUUAUGACUUAUAAAAAUUACAUUUUUUUUUUCUGGAACAGGAUCAAUAUUAUCAACUAACUGGAAUAAUUGUGUCAUGAAAAGGCCAAAGAUCAUAUCGUGGAUCAGGGAAAUCAUGAAGUAGAUUUGAUCUUGACAUGGAAGUCCAUUAAACAAUAAAAACAGCUGCACUCAUGCACACCCAGAAACACUCAAACACUUGUUCAUUUUAUAUAGUCUCCAUAUCAAGAAGACACACUUUUAAAAUAGAUUUUAUUUGAAAGCUCAGAAAAUGAAAAACUAAUGAGACAUAUUUUUGGUACUAUAAUAAUAGGCAAUUAGAAGUUCAAGCUUAGUUUUGGGUAAUAUUAUCAGGGAAGAUUCCACUUUUUAAAAUCAUUGUAUCUGUGGAUAGUGAAGUAAGGAAAGAAAGAUGCAUUGGCUUGACAGUCUUAUAAGUUAAGAUCACUGUAAUCAUUUUAGAAUCCAAGGUAUGCUUGCUGGUCUUAUUAUCCACAUUUCAAAUUACCAAUUCCAUUUUUACGUGUUCAAUGAACUUUCAUACAACAUGAGUGCAUUAAUCUUGAAUCCUGUGCAAUAUAGAACUAUUCUGAGACUCACAAUAUUGAGACAAGGCAACACCAUAAUUGAAUUUGUCACUAAUGUGAUUUAAAUAUUACUUAACAUGUGUCUUAAAAUAAAUCCAGACUAAACAUGGGAAAAAUGAGUUGUGGGCAUUGACAUUUCUCACAGUAUGCACGUCUGAAAAUUGGAAAACAUGCAGUUGUUUCGGCGCAAUAAAAAGAAACAGAAUAUGCAGAUAUUGAACCACUUGCUCUAUAGAGGAUGAUUUGGGACUUUUUGAAAUUGAACUGGGACAUUCAGAUGAAAGUGACGAUCCUAGACAGAAUAGGGAAUAACAGGCAAAGAAAGCAAAAAUUGCCAUCACUGAAUGUGUAUAACCUGGUUAAGGUAUAGCCUUGAUGGCUCUCUAGCAAACUGUAGAAACAAUAUAGCUUUGGGUAGUUUCUCGCUUUGCAGAAUUUCUUAGCUGAUAAGAUGAAGCAGCCUGGAAUAUAGGUCGAUAAUUCACUAUAGGUCAUCAAAAUAUGUAUCUUUGAAAACCACUUCUCUUUUUGGUGGUAUACUCUUUGGGGAUCAUUUUCUUAUGCUCUUUCUUAAAUGGAGUUUUCAUUUUGAUGUUAGUUUUUGUGUAAUAGUUAGGAUGAAAGAAGAUAUGUAAUGGAAACAAAAACAUUGAACUAAAACAUCAAUAAUUGAACAUGUUUAUGUUUGAUUAUUAUUUACACUAUGGAAAGAUGCAAUUCUAGUACUUUGUUAGGAAACUGCAUUAAAGCAGUUCUGUCUUGUAUAAUCUGUAAGUACUUAUUAAGACAAAAUACUGCUAAAGAUAUGAAAUAUAUACAUAUUUUUCUUGCACGUUACAAAGGAAAUAAUUUCAUAACGCAGAUGUUCAACAAACUUUUUAAUUCAUUUUUUUUUUUCUUCAUGGGGCACUUGAAACCACUUGAUAGCUCAUUUCACUCUAAACCCUUCUGUUCCCUAUAAAGCUAAUAGGGGUCACGCUGGACCUUUGGAUUGGUUGAAUCACAGUCACACACCACAUUCAAGACAUCCAUGCCAUUAUCAUUUAACUUGUGAGCCUCCCUAUAGAAUUAAAAUGGGUGUGAAAGAAUAAAAUUCAGUGUAGUGUAAGUAUUCACAGUAAUUUUAGUAGAAUUAGUUAUCAUAACAUGUAUAAUUAGCUACCAUAACAUGUUCAAGGACUUGAAACACUGAUGAAGAUGAAAGAAUACAGCCUUCAGUGUGGAUUACACCUUAACAUAAAGAAAACAAAUCCUCACAACUGGACCAAUAUGCAACAUCAUGAUAAGUGGAGAAAAUAUUGAAGUUGUCAAGGAUUUCAUUUUACUUAGAUCCACAAUCAAUACCCAUGGAAGCAGCAAUCAAGAAAUCAAAUAAUAUAUUGCAUUGGGCAAAUCUGCUGCAAAAGACCUCUUUACAGUGUUAAAAAGCAAAGAUGUCACCUUGAGGACUAAGGUGCACUUGACCUCCUGACCCAAGCCAUGGUAUUUGCAAACAGCUCAUAUGAAUGGGGAAGCUGGACAAUGAAUAAGGAAGAAUGAAGAAGAAUUUAUGCCUUUGAAUUACGAUGUUGACGAAGAAUAUCAAAUUUACCAUGGACUGCCAGAAGAACAAACAAGUCUGUCUUGGAGGAAGUACAGCAAGAAUGCUCCUUAGAAGUGAGGAUGGCAAGACUUUGUCUCCCAUACUUUGGACAUGUUAUCAGGAGGGAACAGUCUUUUACCAAGGACAUCAUGCUUGGUAAAGUAGAAGGUCAGUGAAAAAUAGGAAGAUCCUCAACGAGAUGGAUUGACACAGUGGCUACAACAAUGGGCUCAAACAGCAAAGACUGUGAGGAUGGCACAGAACCAGGCAGUGUUUCGUUCUGUUAUACAUAGGGUCACUAUGAAUCCGAACCGACUUGAUGGCACCUAACAACAACAACAUGUUUAUUAUACAAUGAGCUGGCAUGACACAGAAAUAUAUUUUGUGUUUGUAUGACUUUUAUUUUGAAUAGGUUAAAUCUGGUGCCACUCCAUAUAUACAGUGCUUUUGAAAAAAAAUAAAAAGAUACAAAAAAAAAAAA